GUUUCUCAACGAGUCAAGCCAGUUUCUAUUUCAGAAUCGUCUUUUAAAAUUUUCCGUCUUUCAUCUUUUAUUAUAUCUUAUUUUUAUAGAACCCUGAAUUUUAGUUUGUUUUGCCUCGAAUAAUUGACAAACUUUCCAGAGCAUUGCCAUUUUUUCCUCUGAAUUUUUCAUGUUUUGAAGUUUUUGAAAUUUUCGACCUGUGGGAGAAUGGGAUGAGGAUCGACUUGAUUUGAUUUUCAAAAGAAAAUUGAUGCUCUGUUCAACUUCACCGCUGCAAAAUUUGAGAAUUCUGCUGUGUUACGAUGCUUGGACUGUACGAAAUUUGGGAAGAAAAUCUCAUAGAUCGAAUUUUUGAAGAUUUCUUGAAGGUCAGACAAUGGGAUGUGCAAACUCUUUCGUGGAAUAAAGGAACCCACUCAAUCUGGUGCCAUUCUUAUUAUUGUUGUUUUUUAAUCUGGUUGAUGGGGAUAGUUCAAAUGAAUAAUAAUGGUCCCGUGAACAAUGGAUUGGUUGAAUUGAAUACACUUAUGCAUGAUGAGCAUAAACAAAUAAGGGAUGGGGUUACGGGUCAGGGGCAAGGCCUCUCAGAGGAAGACGAGUCACGGAUUAAUGAUUAUGUUGAAGACAACGAUGAUGGGAACGCGGAGGUGGUUAAGCUUCAGGUCCAAAUGCGAAGUGUCCAGCAGAGGUCACAACAACAGUCUCGGGGUCCUCUGGUUUGCUGGGAGAGGUUUUUACCUCCAAGGUCUUUGAAGGUUCUAUUGGUGGAAAAUGAUGACCCAACUUGCUAUGUCGUCUGUGCAUUGCUGCAAAACUGUGGUUAUGAAGUUACUGCAGUGUCAAACAGUCUGCAAGCUUGGAAGAUCUUGGAAGCUCUAACCAGUCAUAUUGAUCUUGUUUUAACUGAGUUAGUCAUGCCUUGUUUGUCAGGCAUUGGCCUUUUAAGCAAGAUAAUGAGCCACAAAACUUGCAAGAAUAUUCCAGUGAUUAUGAUGUCAUCUCAUGAUUCUAUGAGUAUAGUCUUUAAGUGUUUGUCCAAGGGUGCAGUUGACUUUUUAGUGAAGCCUAUUCGAAAGAAUGAGCUUAAAAAUCUUUGGCAGCAUGUUUGGAGGAAAUGCCACAGCGUGUGUUGCUAUAGUUAUCCCACUUUAUGUAUGAAACUAUAUGGACCAAUUUUGGACUCUAAACUUCAGCCUAGCAGUAGUGAAAGUGAAAGUGGUAUAUGGACUCAGAAAUCCACAAAAUCAAAAAGUGUUGAUUCAGACAAUGAUACUGGAAGUAAUGAUGAGGAUGACAUUGGAAGUGGUGGUUUGAAUGUUGGGGAUGGAAGUGACAACGGAAGUGACACUCAGGUUAUCCAUUGCAGGCCUAAAGAGUUAGGUAACAGCUGGAUUCCUGUUACAGCGGCAAGGGAGUGUGAUGGGCAGGAUGAUGAACUUGUGCCAGACAAUGUUGUUAUGGGCAAUGACUUGGAGAUAGGGAUACCUAAAAUUACAGCUUUGCAGCUUGCAAACCCAAGUGAAAAGGUACUGACCAACAUAGCAGGUGCUAGUAAAGACAAAUUAUCAGAAAUAAUCCCUAUGAACGAUGAGAAAUUAGAGAAAACGCAAUUGGAGCUUAAUAGUGAGAAACCCGGUGGUGACUUGAGAAACCAAGCUACUGGCCUGAUAGGUCUCAUCACCGAUAACACUGAUGCUCGGAUAGAAAGUGCGUUCUUUGACAUCCCAAAUGGUCUCCCGAAGGUCUCUGAUGCAAAAGAUAAGGUUAUCUACGAAACCAAGGAAAUACCUUCUCUUGAGCUCAGUUUAAACAGACAGAGAUAUAUUGGAGAUACUGGAACAAGUUCCCUUGAACGAAAUGUAUUAAGACAUUCAGACCUUUCAGCCUUCUCAAGAUACAAUUCUGGUUCAAUUGCUAACCAGGCUCCAACAGGAUAUAUUGGUAGUUGUUCUCCACUUGAUAAUAGCUCAGUAGCAGCUAAAACAGCUUAUAUAAAGAAUUUUCAAUCUAACUUUAAUAGCGUGCCUCCAAAGCAACAAUCCAAUGGAAGUAGUAACAAUAAUGACAUGGAUUCCACCACUAAUAAUGCCUUCAGUAAACCAGCGGUACUCAGUGACAAGCAAGCACCUAACACUUCAGUCAAAUCUUUUCAUCUCUCUUCAGCCUUCCGAUCAGUGCAGAAUGGCCAUGCUUCUGCCCCACAGCCUCUAGCACAAGGUAAGGAUGAUCCUGUACUUGGUAACAUGACUUUUGUUCAAGCAAGGGGCACAGACCAACAGGUGCAAGUGCAGCAUCACCAUCACCGUCACCACCACCACCAUGUCCAUAACAUGGCCCAAAAUAAAAAAUUAGGUAAACAAGAUGAUUUAUCUUUGGAAAAUAUGGCAGCAGCAGCUCUCCAGUGCGGGUCAUCCAAUGUGCCAGGUGCACGAGAUGUUGAAGGCCAUGCUGGUAACAAUAGUUUGAAUAGAAGUGCAUCAGGAAGUAACCAUGGAAGUAAUGGACAGAUUGGGAGAAGCACUGCAUUAAAUACCAGAGUAAUGAAUGUUGAAAGUGAAACCGGGGUGACUGGGAAAGGUGGAGUUGUUUGUGGAAUUGGAUUCGGAAGCGGGAAUGGAGUUGAUCAAAAUCGUUUUGCUCAAAGAGAAGCUGCUUUGAAAAAAUUCUGCCAGAAAAGGAAAGAAAGAUGCUUUGAGAAGAAGGUUCGAUAUCAGAGUAGAAAGAAACUGGCCAAGCAGAGACCAAGGCUUCGAGGACAGUUUGUACGACAGGCCUAUGAAAACAAAAACAGUGACACAAAUUGUUAACCUAACAUCUUCCCUUAAUCUGUGCAAAAUUUUGCAUAUCAGAUUAGCCCUAAUGGGAAGUGAGCAUUCAAACAUAGUGAUAAAAAUAUUACGUACUCUUUUAUCAAAGACCAAAUUCAUUAAGAGGACUGGAGUCAUCUUGAAUUGUACGUUAUUAUCUGACCUAUAUGGCUACGGCCGAAACUAUUAAUUAUUACUACUACACUACUACUAGUAGUACCAUCCAGUAUGGUCUGCCGUUGUUUGUUUAAAGACAUGCAUGCAAGAAUGGGUACUUAAGAGACUGUUGUCUUAUGAAGUUCAUUUAUUGUGCAUUUCUUAACCUUUUUCUUAUGAA